UUAAUUUUUCAAAGACAAUUUUCAAGCUAAUUGCCUAUAUUCUAUUACCGCGUCAUUGCCCAACGAUACAUCAUCAUCUUUUAAAUAACUCCCAGCUUGUUGUGGCAGAUCCAAUGUAACUUUCCUUCGCCUAUACAAGAAUAAAAGGAAUUGACCAGUAAACAAAUAUUAUGCCGUCGCUUAUAUGGAAUUGAUGGUAAACAGAAGAAAACACUUCUGAUCGUUUCCAGUGAUGGAUCAAGCGAAUCAUUCGAACAUAGCAUUCCAGCGCUGCAGUAUCCAGAACAGUAACAUGGCUGAUAUUAAAAGCAACAAGAAGUCGUUUAUGAACACCAGAAAUUAUUUUAGGGAAUAUUGCGAUUAUACUGGUAUUCAUGGGCUGAAGUUUAUAGGUGAACGAAGGUCUUUAUGCGAAAAGGUUAGUUGGAUCAUCGUUUUCUGCUUGAGUUUAACAACGUGUAUUGCUGUUGUGUAUGAAGUUUUCAAAAAAUGGCAAAAGAGUCCAAUCAUCGUGAAUUUUGCCUCAGAACAAGUGAACAUUUUUGAUAUCACCUUCCCGGCGGUCACUAUUUGCCCAGAAACAAAAGUCUAUAGUGACUACUUUAACUAUUCAUUCAGCUUGAGAAGAAGCAUGCAAGACAAACUGACUAUUCCUGACGAUAGAUUGAAAAAACUGCAAUAUAUGUCGAUUUUAUGCAACGUCAAUGAAUACUAUCACAAUAUUCCGAAAAUCGAUACCAUCGAUGAAGGCUUCUUUGCAUUUCUCAGAGAGGGAGCUCCAACGUUUUUCAAAAGAUGUUCAUGGAUGCGGCAAGAUUAUCCAUGCGAAAAAAUAUUUCAACCUCUGUACACCGACGAGGGAUUGUGCUUUACGUUCAACAUGCUGAGCAAAGGGCAAAUGUUUACAUCUCACACGGAAAAUAUCGAUCGGCCACCCGAUACCUACAACGAUCAAAUGUCGAUUAAUUGGUCAGCUGAUUUUGGAUACACUGAGGACGCAGAAAUCGAAACGUAUCCGCGACGGGCCUUACUUUCAGGGUCCACAAACUCUUUGGAAGUUACUUUGUCGGUUAAUAACACGGAUUUGGAUUAUGGGUGUACGCAUUUCCAAGGGUACAAGGUGGUUUUGCACAGUCCACAUCGUUUUCCCACAGUCAGCAACCAUUACUUUAGAAUUCCUCUGAAAAAGUCCGUGAGUGCAGCAAUCACUCCAGCUAUUCUUCGGACUUCAGACGAUGUCGCUGACUACAGCUCGCGAAAGCGCCGAUGCUUUUUCCAAACGGACAUGAAACUGAAGUACUUUUCCAAAUACUCCCAAAUGAAUUGUCGCUUGGAAUGUUUUUUGAAUUUGACCCUGGAUAUGUGUGGAUGCGUUGAGUACUUUAUGCCACGAAGUAAAAAUAUGCCGAUCUGCGGUACGGGAAAAUACGAGUGCAUUAAAAAUGCUUCAUUACAACAGACUUUCUUGUUCUUGAAAGGACAUCUCAGCGACCACUUGAAGGCGAAAGAACGAGAAAAAAUCCAUAAACAUCUCAGCAAGAACCAUAAUAAUAUAAGUCGUACACAUUUUUGCUAUUGUCCAGAUAUGUGCAAUACUAUCGACUACAAUGUGGAAAUUACAGAGAGCGAUUACGAUUGGCCGAGGAAAAUGGCUACUUUAGGGAUUGAAGUUCCUGUAGAUGAAGAAGGUUUAUCCUCAUCUCAACUACUCCUGUACUUCAAGGGAAAUACUUUCAUACCUCAGGAGCGGCAUGAGUUGUUCGGUACCUUCGAUUUCUUAGCCAACGUAGGUGGAUUGCUUGGACUUUUCAUUGGCUUCUCCUUGCUCUCCAUGGUGGAACUGUUUUAUUUUUUAUCGCUGAGAAUUAUUUGCAAUGUAAAAUUGUAUCAAAACUGGCACGGCCGACAAGAAUUGAUGACAAAUAAUCCUUCUGGGUCCAUACGAUUAAAUAAAUCUACCAAUAUCAGCACAGUUUCGUAAAUAUGCUCUUUUUAAGUUGAUGUAUAAUCAGAACUUUCAGGCAACUGUAGGUAGGAUUGGAUGUAUGAAAAAAUAAUAAAUACAAUUGAGUUUUUUUAAGCAUGAGCCCCACAUGAGCUGUUUGUUGAGUUUGCUUAGAAAUAUUGUUGAAUAGCAUUUAUGUAUCUAAGAAACCAAGAAACGUUCAAAUUUAUUCUAGAAGAAAUAUUUUAUGGAGUUUUAGGCCUGCUUGCUGUGGAGCCCUUAUGAUUUUGGCAAAAUUUAUAUCUUGCAAAAAUAUGA